AUGCUCCCAUCCGCAAAACAAUACCUUAAGGAGGAUGGUUUCCAAGACCAGAUCGCUGGGUUCCUUAUUAUGGCCUGCUUCAUUGGAGGCUUUGUUGGCAUUCAGGUCAUUUCACGCCUACUGCAUCAGUACAUGCCAUCUCACGUUGUCGAUUGCGACCACACGCAUGACCAUAAUGAGACCGAUACCCGAUCGCGCAGCCAGAGCAGAAAGACUUCUUUGUAUAACUCUAGUCGCCGCUCUUCUCGACGGCCGCUGGUUGAAAGAAUAGCAAAGAAUGGCCACGCCACCGAGUCUACACCCCUUCUGAAUGGAGAGGUUGCACACGAGAACGGCGCACCACCCAUGGCGAAGCGCCAUGCCUCGAGUAGGGGCAACCUGAGCCUCAACACCAACCACGCUACUCCCACGACCCGAACCUCGCGAAGCCGUGGCCCCACCGUUGAUAGACGACCGUCCAUGGCCCAAGUCCAACAGCGGGUCAUGUCCUUCGUCAAAGACACGAAGACGAAUUGCGACGAAGAGGGGCCAUGCUUUGGAUACACGGAUCCUUGUGGUCAGGAAUGCUUCAAGCACCUGAGCAGCCGCUCGACAUCCACAUCAAAGCCUCCGGCUAUCCUGCGCACAAAUACAGGGCACUUUUACGCUCAUAGCCAUACGGAUUUGGAAGACUUGGAAGAGGGUGGUUCCUCGUGUAACUCUCCAAUCAGUGGGACAAUGCGAACCAGCCGCGCAGCUUCGAGGGAACCUCUGCCAGAGCGCGAUGAGACGCAUCACCACGACGACCACAGUCACAGUCAUGACCACGAUCACUCGCAUCACGACCAUGACGCUCACGGUGACGGCGAACACGCGGACGAAGAUGUCGAGGCGCAACAUCAUCAUCACGUACCUACCAAUGCCUUCCUCUCCCUUGGCUUGCAGACUUCAAUCGCCAUUGCGCUUCACAAGUUCCCAGAGGGUUUCAUUACCUACGCAACGAACCACGCAAAUCCGGCACUGGGUUUCAAUGUCUUCAUGGCCCUGUUCGUUCAUAACAUCACUGAAGGAUUUGCCAUGGCACUGCCGUUGUACAUGGCGCUUGGGAGCCGCAUGAGGGCUAUGUUCUGGGCCGCGAUCCUCGGUGGCCUUAGCCAGCCUCUGGGUGCGGGCAUUGCUGUGUUGUGGUUCAAACUCGCGAAGCAUACUCACCUCACGCCGAAUGCUGUCUCUUACGCUUGCAUGUUUGCCAUAACGGCUGGAAUCAUGGUGAGCGUCGGCCUUCAGCUCUUUGUCGAGGCACUGAGUUUGAACCACAAUCGGAAUCUCUGCAUCUUUUUUGGGUUCAUGGGAAUGGCCUUGCUGGGCAUCACGGGUGCCAUCGCUUCUACGCAUUGA